CGCGCUCUUUUUAGGAUCAUUCAGUAAAUCGCGUUAACAUUGCCUGUGGUGUUCUAGUGCUGUUUAGCCGUAACUAAUCGUUAUUUUUCUUUACACUCAGAGAAACAAUGUCUAGAAACAGACAAAGGAACCUGGUCUUGAUGCAUAAUCAAGCUGGAAAAACCUGUAUUCUGUAACCCGCUGAGUUACAUCAAGCACAACUACUAAGGAAGUUUGAGGUGUUUUGCCUCUUCUAUGAAAACACCCGUGUGGAAUUCUAUACUAACAAAAAUCAAAGUGCCAUAUACAAGAUUGUUCUUCUAGAUCCAUCAAAAUGCUUCAAAACGCAAGUUUAAUAUUUGAAGAUGAGAGCUUCAUCAAUUCUACUGUGGCCAAGAUGAACGCUUUACGUAAGAGUGGCCAGUUUUGUGAUGUCAGACUGCAGGUCUGUGGACAUGAGCUGAUGGCCCAUAAGGCUGUGCUGGCCUGCUGCAGUCCUUAUCUUUUCGAGAUCUUCAACAGUGACUCUGAGUUUCAGGGUGGGGUGUCACUGGUCAAAUUCGAUGACCUAAAUCCAAACGCUGUCGAGAUCUUGCUCAGCUAUGCCUACACAGCACAGCUGAAGGCAGAUAAAGAUCUGGUCAGAGAUGUGUAUUCUGCGGCAAAAAAGCUUAAAUUGGAGCGAGUCAAACAGGUUUGUGGAGACUACCUUUUAUCAAAAAUCGACGGCCAAAGUGCAAUUUCCUUCCGCAACUUCACAAGUUCCAUGGCUGAUAGUCGGCUUUUGGGUAAGAUUGAUGGCUAUAUACAGGAUAAUCUUCAGGAGAUCUCAGAACAGGAUGACUUCCUUAAACUUCCUCGUCUAAAGCUGGAGGUUAUCCUAGAGGAGAACCUGAACCUGCCGGGUAAUGGCAAACUGUACUCUAAGGUGAUUAGCUGGGUGCAGCGCAGCUUGUGGAAGACUGGAGAACCUCUUGAGAAACUGAUGGGCGAGGUGCAAACGCUGUACUACUCAGCAGAUCACAAAUUGCAUGACGGGAGCCUGCUUGAGGGGCAGACAGAGGUCUGCAUCUAUGAGGAUGACCACAUCCACUUUGUGCAGAAGAAACCCCCUCGUGAGAGAGAUGAGAUGAGCUCAGGCGCCCCUGGCAGCCUUUCUCCCACAUCCAACAGCCAAUUCAGCAGAUAUGAAUGGAAGUACAUUGCCUCGAAGACCACCAACAACACGUACCUGUGUCUGGCUGUUUUGAGAGGCAUCCUGUGUGUUAUCUCACUUAAUGCCCGCAGCAGUCCCCAGAGUUCCCCGUCUUCUACACCCUGCAUGCAGAAGAGCCUGAGUGUCGAAGCUCAGCCAGAUGAGCUGCAGGAGAAAAUGCUGAAGCCCAUGCAUUAUGCUCGCUCAGGACUGGGAACUGCUGAACUAGAUUGCAAACUUAUUGCUGCGGGUGGCUACAACAGAGAAGAAUGCUUGAGGACUGUGGAGUGCUACGAUACAAAAAAGGACUGCUGGACUUUCAUCGCACCCAUGCGCACUCCACGAGCUCGCUUCCAGAUGGCUGUGCUAAUGGGUCAGCUGUAUGUGAUGGGUGGAUCCAACGGUCAUUCAGAUGAGCUGAGCUGUGGAGAGACGUAUAACCCUAUAGCUGACGAGUGGAGGCAAGUUCCAGAGCUCCGCAUCAAUCGUUGCAAUGCAGGUGUGUGUUCCUUGCAAAACAAGCUUUUUGUUGUGGGUGGAUCUGAUGCCUGUGGUCAAAAAGGAUUGAAGAAUUGUGACUCUUUUGAUCCAGUGUUAAAAACUUGGACCAGCUGCGCUCCACUCAACAUCAGGAGGCACCAAGCAGCAGUGUGUGAAUUGGAUGGAUUUGUUUAUGUCAUUGGUGGUGCAGAGUCCUGGAACUGCUUAAAUUCAGUUGAACGAUAUAACCCCAAUAACAACACCUGGACCCUAGUGGCUACCAUGAAUGUGGCCCGCCGUGGAGCUGGUGUCGUUGUGCACGAAGGGAAACUCUUUGUGGUUGGUGGAUUUGACGGCUCUCACGCUCUACGCUGUGUGGAAGUCUAUGAUUCAACCAAGAACGAGUGGAGGAUGUUAGGAAGCAUGACAUCGGCACGAAGCAACGCAGGGGUGGCAGUGCUAAACGGCAUGCUCUGUGCUGUUGGAGGCUUUGAUGGCAAUGAGUUUCUCAACACAAUGGAGGUGUAUGACCCUGAAGUCAAUGAGUGGAGCCCUUUUAUUGAGGCAUUAACUAAGAACUGAAUGGUUGUUUGGGAAACUUUUCCUUCAGCUGAUGUGCUUUGUAACAUCAUUUUACUGGGGUGCUCUUGUUUAGGUGCUGAGGCUGGGUGGGAGUGACUGGGAGAGAUGAUAACUGUUGACAAAUGCUGUCAUUGAGUGGCUGUGUAAAUACUUUUUUUAUUUGUUAAUAUUUUCAGGUUUUUCAAAUUGUAGCAACUGAAUACUAUGGUUCACAGCUUACAGAUGCAAAUCUUAGUCCACUGGGAGUAAUUUGGCCUUGUUUGGCUGCCUUGCUCAUGGACAUGUAUAUAAAAUAAGUCUACAAAAUACUUAAAUACAGAAUACAACUUAACACCAUAUCAUUUUAAAUAGUGAGCUGUUUCUUUGGCAGAAUGGUAUCUUUGUAUACUUUUUUGUAUGUAAGUGUCCAAUAUGUAAAACAGAGAAGCACACGUGUUGUCUGAAUGCAACAGGAUUGGUUUUACCUAGAUGCUUGCUAGCAAAGCCAAUGAUAAUGAUAAUUUUAACACCAAUUAAAAACAUUUCUCAUUCAGUUAUGUAUUUAAAGCUUUGUUAGACCUCAACUCAAAUUGUGAUUGUACUUUUGGUACAAAAAUGAUGUAAUAAUGAAUAAAGCAUUUCAACCUUU